GACGUCGCUCGCCGCAUGUGCACGCCUGUCAGUGUAUGUGAGCGCAGACAGGAGCUAGCGGAGAAAAACACAACCGCAAAAGAGCAUAAUACCAUUAAUUAAUUUGGAAAAUACUGACAUUUAACAAUUCUGUCUCUCCCUUAAAUACAUACAUUUAAAAAGCGAUAAGCCAAGGAUGAAAAACAAUAUAUGUUGCAGUACAACGUAUUGAAUUGAGGACAGAACCUUAAGAAAAACAAGAAUUCUGCCAAGCAAUGGAGAACCAGGCAGUGGAGCUGCAAUGCUACGAGGAUGUUUGCAAAAGCGGUUACCUCCGCAAACAGAAAUCUAUGCAUCGGCGGUACUUCGUUCUGCGCGCGGCCUCGGAACGGGGCCCUGCCCGGCUCGAAUACUACGAGACCGAGAAGAAAUUCCGCAGCAAGGCGCCCGUCCCGAAAAAAGCCCUCAAUCUGGAGACGUGUUUUAACAUCAACAAGCGGGCGGAUUCUAAGAACAAGCAUAUGAUAGUCCUGUACACACGCGGAGAGAGCUUUGCAAUCGCUGCAGAUAGCGAGGAGGUCCAGAGCGAAUGGUACCAGGCCAUGUUGGACCUUCAAUUUAAAAGUAAGGUCCCAGAUGACAGUGGAAGUGGUGGGGAAAUUGGGUCUCCCUUUCUGGCCCCUGCCUUUAAAGAGGUGUGGCAAGUAAAAGUGUGGCCCAAGGGGCUGGGGCAAGCCAGAAACCUAGUGGGCAUCUACAGACUCUGCUUGACAGACAAGACCGUCAACUUUGUCAAGCUGAACUCAGACGUGCCGGCCGUGGUGCUACAGCUGAUGAACGUGCGUCGCUGUGGCCACUCCGAGAACUUCUUCUUCGUGGAGGUUGGCCGCUCGGCCGUGACCGGGCCCGGAGAGUUCUGGAUGCAGGUGGAGGACUCGGUGGUGGCACAGCACAUGCAUGAGACUCUGCUGGAGGCCAUGAAGGCGCUCAGCGAGGAGUUCCGGCAGCGCAGCAAGGGGUCACAGUCUGCAGCAGCAAUCGGUGGCGGUACCACUGCCUCCAACCCUAUCAGUGUCCCGUCUCGACGCCACCAUCCAAAUCCACCGCCCAGCCAGGUCGGCUUCUCCCGAAGGCCUCGGAGUGACACCCCUGGGCCAACAGGGGGCAAUAGCAGCAACACUUCCCCGACACACCGGCAUGGGUUCUCCAGGAUGCGCACCUCCAGCAUUGGGGGUAGGGGAUUGGAUGAGGGCAGGGGUGCAGCAGGAGGAGCAAUGGGCCCCGGUUCCAGCCCCAGCCUUAAUGGGUCAUCCUGCUCCACCACCCCAACCCCCAUGCCCAAGACCACCCGUGCUCCCACCCCGGCCAAAAUCCCACUCAGCCUGGUGCGCUACACCCCCAACCCUGCCCCAUCCCCCGCACCCAGCCUGUCCUCUAGCUCGGGGCAUGGGUCAGAGUGUGGGGGGUUUGGUUUUGGUGGUGGAUUAGUAGGGGGCAUGGCAGUAGCCCCUUUCACCCGUGCCCCUCAGAGGGUCUCAGUCUCUGGCUCUCCCAGUGACUAUGGCUCCUCGGAUGAGUAUGGUUCCAGCCCAGACCUGCCCGGGGGCUCUGCCUCCAGAGGUCUGGGAUGUCAUUCCAUAGGGGGUGGAGCCUCCAACUACAUCACCAUGGGCCAGCAGCAGCACGGAGGGGGCAGAGCUUCAGGUGGAAGCAAGCGUGGUCAUGUCCGCAGGGUGCUCCGCCGCUCCUCUAAUCGAGAGUGUGAAGCUGAACGCCGGCUGCUCAGCAAGAGGGCCUCCCUUCCCCCUAUGGCUCUGGGCCGGCUCCACCCUCACAGGAGGAGAGAGGAGGAGGAGGAGGCAGAGGAAGAUGAAGACUACACGGUCAUGUGCCGGAGUGCAAGCAGGGAAUCUUUCACUUCCCCCCGGGAUGAAGGCAGGAAAGGAGGAAGUAGAAGAGAAGGAGGAGUGGCAGGAGAUAACGGCUACAUGUCAAUGUUGCCGGGGGUUAAAUCUCCCUCUGUCUCUGUCUCCCUCUCUCUCUCUGUUGCAGUCUCGGACUCCAGCCCUAAAUUGGAUGACUACAUGGCCAUGACCCCUAGCAGCAGUGUCUCGCCCCCUCAGCCAAUGCGCUCCCUCAGCUCUGAGGGGUAUAUGCUGAUGUCACCCAGCAGCAGUUGCUCCCCAGACCAGCAGGUGGCACUAUGGGGAGGCAGAGGAGGAAGGAGUGGUAAUGGUAGUGACUACAUGAAUAUGUCACCCAUCGGAGCCCGCUCCGCCAACAGCUCACCUCCACCUAACUCUGAAGGACAUCCCCCACAGGGUCUCACCAAAGCUGCCCCCUCCUACUUCUCCCUACCCCGCUCUUAUAAGCACACCCUGUCUGCAAGGGUUGAUGACAGCCUGGGACGGGGCAAAAGGGCAGGGCCCAGUGGCGGUGUUGGCAGCAGGGGUGGUGUAGCUGGGGCUGGAGUUGGAGGCAGGGGUGCAGUGGGGUUCCCCAGCAGGCAGGUCUCAUCCCCUGGGUCCUCAAAAGGACGCCGCCUCUCUGCAUCUUCCUCCUCUUACUCCUCCAGCUCUGCUAGUAGCGAGAGUCUUGAGGACAAACUGGCAUCCGGGGCACACAGGGUAAGAGGGGCUGCAGGGUUCAGGCCUGGAGAAGCCUGCUGCUCUUCCUCAGAGAGGACAUCUCAGCAGAGGCACGGCCCCGGGGGGAAGAAGCAGAACCAGCAGGGCCAGAAGCAGCAAAGGAGGGAUCACCCUACUAGCCUCUUUGAGGACAUGUCCAAAGCCAGUACCCUCCCAAGGGUACGGGAGAACUCCCUUUCCUCCGUCCCCCAGAACCCGGGGGAGUAUGUCAGCAUUCGGUUUGGGGGAGCUGCCGGGGGGAGAGGCGGAGGAGUCCAGCACAGAGGGCUCAUGGGGCCUGUACUGUCAUUGCCACGUGGAGCCCUGGGGCCCACCCAUCGCGCCGAAUCCUGCCUGAGCACCUUCCAGACCCUCCCCCGGAGCCUCUCUGCACCCCUGGCCCCCACUGGCAGUGCGGCCAGCUCCACGGAAUACAUCAACAUGGACUUCGGCCACCCAGCCUCGCUCUCACCCUCUCCCUCGCCAUCGCCAUCGUCUUCCCAUCUCUCCCUAACCCCUGUCACCUUCACCUCCUUUGGGGCCCUCUCCACCCCACCCGCUGUCGCCCUCAAGACCCGGGAGCAAUCCCACCACACCCCUCGGGAGGCAGAGCCAGGAGAUACUCCACGGAGGAAGCACGGAGGGAGCAUCCCUGCUGCCACAACACCCAAUUUGCCUGCUGGAGACUACACUGAGAUGGCCUUCAGUUUGGACUCAGCCUCCUCUCACUGUGGCAGUCCCACCCCACGUCCCUCUGCCAUGGAGCUGGGCUUGGAUUUCCCGCUGGGGAAAGCAGGUGCCAACCCUGACCAGACUGGCCCUAGAGUGAUUAGGGCGGACCCCCAAGGACGGCGACGUCACUGCUCCGAAUCUUUCCUGACUUCCUCUCCGUUACCCCUCUCCUCUUCCUCCUCCUCCUCCAUGUCCCUCUUCCCCGAGCACAAUACGCAGGCUGUGUCACACCAGCUCAGGUUUGAGAUGGGGGUGCCCUCCUGGGGGAGCAGUCUACCCGCUGCCCAGGCAUUGUCUGUGGAGCAAGGCCUCAAUUACAUCGACCUAGACCUGGCCAUCAAGGAGGGCCGGCGUUCUGCUUUGGAAGGCCCUGCUGGUAUCCACCACCCUAACCCAUCCCAUCUCUUCUCCUCUUUACUUGGAGGAGGGUCCAGUGGAACUGUGGGUGGAUGCAACGUUGGGGCAAAUAUCAACACCUACGCCAGCAUCGAUUUCCUCAAGUCUGAGGAGCUGAGGACAAAUCAGAACAGUAACAAGGACGGACCAGAGUGUGGCACCUGAAACCCAACUGGACACAUCAAUGAAGCACUUUUAAAGUUUUGUUUAUUCUUUCCCUCAGCCACUGAGAGAAUAUGUGCCAAAAGACUCUCAGCAACUGAGACCUGCAGCCAAUCAGAACAGAUUAUUAAGACUCACUGCCAACCAGGAGCCAGUGACAUUUUUCCUUGAAACUUGCAAGGGAACGUUCAAGAAGUAUAAUUGUAAAAUGUGUAAUAUAAUAUGAUAUAGUCAAAUUGAGAAAUGAAAUAUUUAAAAUGAUCAAAUAUACAUAUAUAGCGACAUAUAACUUUAAAAAGUGCCUCAUAUUUUUUGAUUGUAGCCAUUUUAACAAAGAAAAAAAUCAUGAAAUGGUCAGAGGAAAUUAAACAUUAAACUACAUAAAGGAGUAUUGAAAAUGAUUAUGUUCAUAGUAAUAAUAAUAAUGACAUUCAGUUGGCCUUACUGUGUUUGUGGACAUUUAAAGAGUAGCCUCAUAUUGCUUUUCGCUUUGCCAGAUGCCAUAAUUGGACUGAUGUGUAUGGCUCACUCUUUGUUGUGAACUUACAUGCCAAUUAAGCUUGCAUUUACAAUCUAUUUCUUUUUUCUCUCUGUCUCUCCCUCUCUUUUACACACACACACACACACACACACACACACACACACGGUACACAUGUUCAAAGAAAAAAAAAAUGCUUACAUGUGCGUACACAAGAUACACACACACACCCAGUGCAAAAAGAUGGGUUCAAAGGAUGGAAACAUAUGUAUGCAUGUACUUACACACAGACACACUAAGCAUGCUAUGCACAUUGUAAGGCUCCAAGGGCAACACAUUCUUGCUUGCGUGUACUCUCUCUCUUUCUCCCUCUCUCUCACACACACACACAUACACACACACACGGUACUUACAAAGGGCCAUACACAGACACACUAAGCAUGCUAUGCACAUGGAAAGGCUCUAAGGGCAAAAACGCAUUCAUGCUUGUGUGUACUCUCUCUCACACUCACACACACACGGUGCACAUACAUGCACUGUUUAUAUUGAUAGGCUGUACGCACACAGACAGACAUACACACAAACAUAGACGCGGACAUAGACAUACAGGAGCAAUCUCCCUCUGCAUCCCUUGUGAUUCAUCAGCUAAAACCUGCCUGUGUUCUUCCAGAGGUGUGUGUUCAGUGAAGCUGAACAGCACACACACUCACACGAUUGCACACCCAUAUUCUCACAGAGUAGAAUUUGUGAAAUGCUGUUAAGUUGCCAUCAUAUGUUUGGGAUGGUGUGUGUGUACACGCAAGCAUGAAUAUGUUUUUGUCCUUGGGUAGUGUGUCGAACUCCAUAACACCAGUGGUGGAAAAAAAAUCAGUGCAGAUGUAUAUAUUUUUUUCUUCCCAGCAGUCAUUUCAUUUCAGUGGCUGUGCAGUUUUGUCGAUACCCAAAUCUGAGUUGAGACAGUACUAAGAAACUACAUUACAAACUGGAACUUUUCCCCGAGGCAGAGAAAUAUUUUACCAUUCUGUUUCUGGAAUGGAAAUCAGUGCCAAAAUACAGACUGUAGACAUGGGGAGCACAUUCACACACACACACACACACACACACACACACACAUACACACACAGGCACAAAUGUGCCCCCACACACACACGCACAUGCACGCACAAGUACAUUUCAUUAGUUCAUAUUUUAUAUGACCUGUGGUUUAGGGCUUUCUUAAACUAAAAUUAAGAAAUUAACUUCAGAAUUCUCCCAGCAAAGACAACUGCAGGAAUCAAUCUGUUGAGACUACUGUUUCACCCCUUGCCUGCACCAAACCGAUUGGAUGGCUUCAGCCAUUGGAGGAAUUUGAGUGGGUUGUUGGGCUGCCCUUCAAAAGAUUCACGUCUGACCGGCACAACCCUUCACUUUGUUCUGAUUUGAUCAAAAGAAACAAAUUGUGAAACAUCUUUGUCUGUUUCUCCACCUGUCUGUGUAUCUAGUUGGUCUGUUUGGUAUGUUCAUCUAUCGUUAUUGCCUUAAGAGUUAAUUGACAAACAAAAGAUACACAGCAACUGUACAAAGAUUUUGCAUUCUAGAAGCAGGAGAAUUGCGUGAAGUCAAAAAAGAUUAUUUAUUUUCAAGUUUGGUGAAGUGCAGUUUUGUGUCACGGCUGUAGUUUGCUGGCUAAACGGCAUAACAAAGUGAUGUAAAAAAAGAAAAGAAAAAGAUUAUACACAGAAACUCCAUUCUGUCUUAAAGUACCCUUGUCAACAAUUUUGGACUAGACUUAAUAAUCAACUUAAUUGGAGUUAAUAAUGAUAAUAAGGAAUAAUAAUACUACUACAACUACUACUACUACUACUACUAAUAAUAAUAAUAAUAAUAAUAAUAAUAAUAAUAAUAAUAAUAAUAAUAAUAAUAAUAAUGGUGAUCUGUUACGACUUAUUAACAUAAGGAGAAGGGUGGUCAUUUAUGCUCUAUAUAGAUUGCUAUAUUGUUCUGUGCAUUAGGGAGUAGAAUUCAAGGGAGGGGAGGGUGUGGGGUUAAAAGAAAUUGCUAAUGUGUUUCUGUUCAUGCGGAGUGUUCAAAAUGAAAAAUUAUAAGAUCAUAAGGGUCCUUGCCUGUGGUGUAGACAGUGUCACUUUGUUGCUUGAAGAAAAAACAAAACAAAACAACAAGAAGUGUCUGUCUUUUUCAAAGUGUACUAGUAAGCAAACAAAUGAUAAACAAUGCAGUUUUUUAAAAUAAAAUCAA